AUGGGGUCCCGGAUCCGUGUGAGCGAGAGCCGCUUGCUGGGAACUGUGUUGAGCUGGAAAGGCCGAUUUGGAUGGAUACGUGCAGACAAGCGUAUCAACCAUCAGGAAAGUGCAAAGCAUGGCGGUCGUAUCUAUGUGCAUAUUUCAGAUGUUGACGGGCGGGAAGAGCUCACGGAGAAUGCUCGCGUUUCUUUCAUGGCAUACAGUGAUGGAGAUGGCUUGGGUGCGGAACAAGUUCGGGCGGAGUCGCAACUGCCCACGCCUGCCCCGGCCUACCCUGGUGCUGCGAGCGUCGUGAAGACUCGGGCAGUGCCUCCUGCACAGCAAAGAUCAUCACCAGGUGCAGGGCCUGGCCAGUCAGCGUCUUCUGCAACCAAAUCAGCCGCUAAAGCUUCGGCAACGGUUGCAGGGCCGUUGAAGCCAAAGCCAAAGCCGCACCCGUGCCCGGCCAGGCUAAAAGCUCUACUUCCUAGCGAUUGUUGUUGCCCUAUUUCUCUCACGUCACUGGAGGAGCUACCGGUGGAUCCGUUUGGGCUGCUGGGCACGACGGAGUCCGCAGAGGUGCCGAAGGAAGGCAUUUGGGGCGAAGCUGCAGAAGACCUGCUUCGCGCGAAUCCAAAUCAGGUGAUUCACUGGUUCGACGGAAGGUUUCUCGCCUCAUUUCUGGUCUCGAGCGGUCAGCUCAUUGACCCCGUAAACCGAAGAGAACUAUCCCGAGGCGAAUGUAGAUCCCUGGAUGAGUACAUUUGCGCCCAUGGCUGUCCCGCUGUGCACGUGGCAGAUGCCUUCGACCUCGCGAAUGCUGUGAAGACGACGACGCAGGCUGAAGGGCCAGCUGCUGUAAGAAUGGCUGCUUUGGAGCGGGAGGCCGCUUCGAUGCUACGCAGCCUCUUCGACUUUCGUUCAGUCAGGAAUGUUCCACAACCAGCAUGGCAGGCGACAUCAGAGCCAGGAGCAGAGUCUGAUGCCCUGCAGGCUUCAGAGCAGUCAGCGUCAGACUGGCCGGCACUGGGGGCUUCCUCCCAGGACUCCGCCAAGGAACCAGCUUCGACACAGCCGGAGAGGCGCAUCCGCACUUGCACCCGAAGGACCGUUCAUAAUGAUGGCGGUCUACAGGUUGUAGACGACACGGAGUUUGAUGAAGAGUACGAGGAGGAUGAGGAGGAGGAACCUCUCUUCGGCCCCACUGACCCUACGCUCGCCGAGUCUGCAUCAGCUCCUCGCCGGGCCCGGGCAGCAAGAUUGCCCCGCAGUCGCGGUGAUCGGGCGCAGAUCACUUUCUCCGUCACUGGACGUGCCCGCGCAGAGCCCACCGGAGAAGGCCGUGUCGCGGGGCAGGCCGGAUCUUCUCAGAUGCGGCUGUCUACUCAGCUCGAGGACAGUGAAGGCGACGAUCACCAAGAGGACGACCAAAUUCCUCCUCCCUUGGAAGUUGAGGCUUGGGUUCCCGAAUGGGCUACUCCGGACUUGCACGAGCGCCUGCUCACCGAGAUUGAUGUUGUCUCGGCCAUGUUUCCGGACGAAUGCCAAGUGCUGACGCAAGAUGUGCAGGCACAUUUGCAGGAGUGUCUGUCCAAUGGACGUGUCAGUCGCAGACCAGAUCCCCUGCGAGUCCAGGUCGCACAGCACGUGGAUGGGCCAAAUGGUGGGUGUACAGUUUACUUGGAGUUUUCUCUGCCACCUUUCUACCCGCUGCACGAACCCAGCCUGACUUUGAAAGCUGCAGAUGAAGGCGUGCCUGUUUGGAUGCGAGAUGCACUCCAAAGUCUGCAAGGGACCUUGCGCACAGAGCUUCACAACCUCGAAGGCUCCGAGGUCAUGGUCAAGGCAGUCGAGUGGCUGACCCAACAUGGCCCCACCGCCUUCGCACGCGAGCGCGAGAGCAGCCAUGUCAACAAAGCAGCCCCUGCCAAGAAGCAGGCUCCUGCGGUGAGCCAGCAAGCUGUGGAGAGCAAAGCAGAGCGAAUAGAACAGGCUCGUCGAGAACGGCUCAGUGCCAAGUUUACCGACAAAUGGGAUUUGUGCUAUGCCUUCAUCAAGCAUGGCUCCUGCAAAGACAAAAACUGUCAAUGGAGGCAUGAGCUGCCGCCCAAGAAGGAGGAAGCAAAAGAAGUAAAAGAGACAAAGGUCGAGACCAAAGCAAAGCAAGGAGCAGGCAAGAAGAAGUCUAAAGCCUGA